AUGACAAAGGACAUUCCAAACUACUCUACGAACUCUGACCCAGGUGUAUUGCGUAUUUUUGUGAUUAGGCACGGUCAGACAGCAGAAAACUCUAAGAAGAUUUUACAAGGGCAUCUAGAUACCGAUCUUAAUGACGUUGGCAUUGACCAGGCUCAAAAAUUAGGCAAGUAUUUGAGAGAAGAUAGAGAUAUUGUAUUCGAUAAGGUGUACACAAGUGACUUGAAAAGGUGCCAGCAAACUCUGGCAGAGAUUUUGAAAAGUUACAGUUCCAAACCAGAAAUAGAUGUUGAUGCUGGGCUAAGAGAACGUUCAAUGGGUGUCAUUCAAGGUAUGUAUCUAAAAGAUGCAGAAGAAUAUGCUGCUAAACAUGGUAAGACAUCUUUUCGCGAAUUUGGUGAGAAGGCAGAUGCUUUUGAAGAAAGAUUUACUGGCACAGUCGCCAAAAUUGUCGAAAAAUCUUCUGAUAUGAAGAAUAUCGCCUUAAUUAGUCAUGGGGGCUCUAUCAGGCAACUCUUGAAAUGGUUGGAAUAUACUGAUCUGGAUAUCACCAAGAUUAUUGUGUACAACACAUCUGUUACCGUUAUCGACUUCAUCAAGGAUGAAAAAGAAUAUCAAGUUCAACGUGUAGGUAACACGCAGCACCUCGGUGAGGGUGAAUUUAUUGUCAGUGAUCUAAGACUGCGUUAA